ACCUGGAUUUACACCAGAAAAACACACACGGCGUAACUACCGAUUGUUUUUAAUCAUAAAACCACUUUAAAUCGUGUAAUUGCAUUGAUUUCCACCCCUAAUACCUUAAAACAAGUGCCCCAAUAAAGAAUAACUACUAUUAUGUGUGAAAUUGUGUGCGCGGAGGCUUCCACACACCAAACAAUGAAUUAAACCUCAAAAAGAAUCAAAUAAUACCUAAAAAUGCUAGCUGCAUCAACAAGCAUGGCCCCGGCAGGGGUCGGAGACGCCACAACUGCACAAACAACACAAAUGAACAAGUUCCGCAGCUAUGUCAACAUGUUAGUCGAUCCUGGAGUCAAAGAUGAUAUAAAACUCAAAGCCACACAGGAAAUCAGCGAAAAUUUCGAGAAAAUCCUAUCAUCAACUUUAUAUCCAAGUUUCCUCGAUCAUUCAAUGAAAAUCUUCCUGAAGAUCCUCCAGGAAGGCGAGCCGCAUUUCAUCGCCGAAUACAACAUCCAACAAGUGCGUAAACUAAUCCUUGAAAUCCUCCAUCGCUUACCACCCAAUGAAUCACUUAAACCCUACUUUAAAUCCAUGCUAUCCUUAACAUUCAAACUCCUCAAGAUAGACAACGAAGAAAACGUCUUAGUCUGCUUGAAAAUCAUCAUUGAACUACACAAACAAUAUCGCCCUACAUUCAACGCGGAAAUCCAAGACUUUCUGCAAUUCGUCAAGUCAAUCUACUCCGAUUUACCGUCACAUAUGAGUAAAAUCUUCGAACCGCGUCAACCAAUCAAAGUAAAAGAUUUAUCCAAACUCAACAUCGAAGAGUUACUACAGGAAACCUUCACCAUAACCACAAUACAGACGGAAAUGCGUAACAAGGAAGGCACAGUUGUCAGUUACAACCUGAUACCCAAAGCAGUUUUGUCUUUAAAAGUCAUACAGGAACUCCCGAUUAUUGUCGUGCUUAUGUAUCAGUUGUAUAAACAAUCCGUGGAUCAAGACGUGUCGGAUUUCAUCCCGCUGAUCAUGAAGACGAUUGUUCUGCAACCCUCACCACAGCAGCGACUCUCAGAUACAUUCAACAAAGAGAUUUUCGUUGAUUUCAUGGGCGCGCAGAUAAAAUCACUGAGUUUUCUUGCUUAUAUUAUUAAAAUCUACCAGGAGGUUGUCUCCUGUCAUAGUAAAAUGUUAGUUCAGGGUAUGUUGGGGUUACUGACCUUGUGUCCAAUGGAGGUUGCGCAUUUACGAAGAGAAUUGUUGAUUGCAUCCAGGCAUAUUCUAGCGACAGAGUUACGAAAUAAAUUUGUUCCGCAUAUGGAACGCCUCUUUGACGAGGAAGUACUCCUUGGUCGUGGUUGGACAACGCACGAAUCACUCCGCCCAUUGGCUUAUUCAACACUCGCUGAUUUAGUGCAUCACGUACGUCAACAGUUAACAAUGGCGGACAUCGCACGUGCAGUGCAUCUGUUCAGUAAGAACGUGCAUGAUGAUUCAUUGGCGACGACAAUACAAACCAUGUCGUGUAAGUUAUUACUUAACCUCGUUGAAUGUAUCAAGAAACGUGUGGAGAUUGAAACCAGCACGGAAGGGCGUGGGUUACUCAUGCGUAUGUUGGAGGUAUUCGUGUUGAAAUUCAAAACUAUCGCGAAGAUACAACUACCGAAGAUGACAGAUAAGUGUAAAAUGGCCACCACUGGUGGUGGUGGUAGUGGUGCAACAGCGCCAUCUACAAUGAUGAGUGAUAAUGUUGCAACUACACCUACGAUUAAAUUAGAGGAAGGUGUAGCGAUUAAAACAGAAAAAGGUAUUGUUGAUUCCCUGGAAGGGUUGGGAGGAGCACCUAAAGAAGAAAAAUCCAAGUUUGGAUUCCCGCAACCCACGAAUUAUAACGUGACAGAGUAUCGGAGUUUGGUUAAGACUUUGGUGUGUGGUGUGAAGACUAUCACAUGGGGUGUAGCAUCAUGUAAACCUAGCCUCAAACAUUUUCAACCGCAUGAGACGCUUGUGUUUAUUCGAUUGGUAAAAUGGGCGUUGAAAGCGUUGGAUAUUUAUACUUUACAAGUUGGACAGCCAAUUGCAGGACCACAGAGGGUUACACAGCAGAGUGUGCGUAAUAAGGAAGAAAAAGAGGUUUUGGAGCAUUUUAGUAGUGUGUUUUCAAUGAUGCAUGCCCAAACCUUCCAUGAAAUCUUCAGCACAACCAUUGAAUACGUCGUCGAGCGCGUCUACAAAAACUCCACACUUCAAACAGUACCUAACACCCUCCUAGCCAAUCCAACAACAUCACCAAUCUUCGCGACAGUAUUAGUCGAGUAUCUCCUCGAGCGUAUGGAAGAAAUGGGCUCGAAUCAAGACCGCAGUAAUCUCUACCUGAAACUCUUCAAACUCGUCUUUGGCUCCGUCAGCCUCUUCCCGCAAGAAAACGAAAAAAUGCUCCGACCCCACCUGCAUCAAAUCGUCAACAGAUCCAUGGAGUUAGCAAUGAGUGCAAAAGACCCAUUCAACUAUUUCCUACUCCUUCGAGCAUUAUUCCGAUCAAUAGGAGGGGGAAGCCAUGAUUUACUCUAUCAAGAAUUCCUACCAUUACUUCCAAACCUCCUUGAAGGUUUAAACCGGCUACAGAGCGGUCUACACAAACAACACAUGAAAGAUUUAUUCGUUGAGCUGUGUUUGACUGUGCCUGUCCGUCUGAGUUCACUAUUACCUUAUCUACCGAUGUUGAUGGACCCGCUGGUGAGUGCCCUGAAUGGCUCGCAUGUUUUAAUAUCACAAGGAUUGAGAACACUGGAGUUAUGCGUGGAUAAUCUACAGCAUGACUUUUUAUACGAACAUAUUCAGCCUGUACGCGCGGAUUUAAUGCAGGCAUUAUGGCGGACACUGCGGAAUCAUGACCAUGGCCAUGUUUCAACGUUAACAAUGGCGGACAUCGCACGUGCAGUGCAUCUGUUCAGUAAGAACGUGCAUGAUGAUUCAUUGGCGACGACAAUACAAACCAUGUCGUGUAAGUUAUUACUUAACCUCGUUGAAUGUAUCAAGAAACGUGUGGAGAUUGAAACCAGCACGGAAGGGCGUGGGUUACUCAUGCGUAUGUUGGAGGUAUUCGUGUUGAAAUUCAAAACUAUCGCGAAGAUACAACUACCGAAGAUGACAGAUAAGUGUAAAAUGGCCACCACUGGUGGUGGUGGUAGUGGUGCAACAGCGCCAUCUACAAUGAUGAGUGAUAAUGUUGCAACUACACCUACGAUUAAAUUAGAGGAAGGUGUAGCGAUUAAAACAGAAAAAGGUAUUGUUGAUUCCCUGGAAGGGUUGGGAGGAGCACCUAAAGAAGAAAAAUCCAAGUUUGGAUUCCCGCAACCCACGAAUUAUAACGUGACAGAGUAUCGGAGUUUGGUUAAGACUUUGGUGUGUGGUGUGAAGACUAUCACAUGGGGUGUAGCGUCGUGUAAACCUAGCCUCAAACAUUUUCAACCGCAUGAGACGCUUGUGUUUAUUCGGUUGGUAAAAUGGGCGUUGAAGGCGUUGGAUAUUUAUACUCUGCAAGUUGGGCAGCCUAUUGCAGGACCACAGAGGGUUACACAGCAGAGUGUACGUAAUAAGGAAGAAAAAGAAGUUUUGGAGCAUUUUAGUAGUGUGUUUUCAAUGAUGCAUGCCCAAACCUUCCAUGAAAUCUUCAGCACAACCAUUGAAUACGUCGUCGAGCGUGUCUACAAAAACUCCACACUCCAAACCGUGCCUAACACCCUCCUAGCAAAUCCAACAACAUCCCCAAUCUUCGCGACAGUAUUAGUCGAGUAUCUCCUCGAGCGUAUGGAGGAAAUGGGCUCGAAUCAAGACCGCAGCAAUCUCUACCUGAAACUCUUCAAACUCGUCUUUGGAUCCGUCAGCCUCUUCCCGCAAGAAAACGAGAAAAUGCUCCGACCACACCUGCAUCAAAUCGUCAACAGAUCCAUGGAGUUAGCAAUGAGUGCAAAAGACCCAUUCAACUAUUUCCUACUCCUCCGCGCAUUAUUCCGAUCAAUUGGAGGGGGAAGCCAUGAUUUACUCUAUCAAGAAUUCCUACCAUUACUUCCAAACCUCCUCGAAGGUUUAAACCGGCUACAGAGCGGUCUACACAAACAACACAUGAAAGAUUUAUUCGUUGAGCUGUGUUUGACUGUGCCUGUCCGUCUGAGUUCACUAUUACCUUAUCUACCGAUGUUGAUGGACCCACUGGUGAGUGCCCUGAAUGGCUCGCAUGUUUUAAUAUCACAAGGAUUGAGAACGCUGGAGUUAUGCGUGGAUAAUCUACAGCAUGACUUUUUAUACGAACAUAUUCAGCCUGUACGCGCGGAUUUAAUGCAGGCAUUAUGGCGGACACUGCGGAAUCAUGACCAUGGCCAUGUUGCGAUGGUUGCGUUUAAAGUUUUAGGAAAGUUUGGUGGGGGUAAUCGUAAAAUGAUGAUUGAACCGCAAAAGCUUGAAUAUGUACAGAGUGAUUACGAUCCACCUGCAAUUCUCGCACAAUUCCCCGACCAGAAAACUCCACUUGAGUUCCCCGUGGAAAAAGUGAUAGAAACCGCGUUUAAUGCAUUAAAACAAAGCACAACGGAUAGUUUCUAUCGCAAACAAGCGUGGGAAGUGAUUUCUAGUUACCUCACAGCAUCACUAGACCUACAAGAUGAUAAAAAAGUACUUUUAAAUCUAUUCAUGCAUGCUAGUUACCAAGAUGGCGGUAAUAUACCGCCAUUAAAAGGUGACUCUUACAAAUCCGUGUAUACACAAGCCAGGGAAACGCAUAAAACCGCUCUGAUUGGUAUGUUCGUCGCUGUGGCCAUUAAAGAACUCCGAACGACAGUCAUAAGCACACUGGGGAAUAUCGUCAGGCAUUAUACAAUGGUAGCGGUGUCACAACAAUCCGGCGCGUUUGCAACCACACCCAGACCUAAUGAACAAGUAACACUUGAUCCAUUAGUGUUAAUCGACGCACUGGCGGUGAUAAUCGGACAUGAAGAGAAGGAAUUAAUCAAACCUGGACACUUGGCGUUGGUUAUUAUUAUAGAUACAGCGACGGCCAUCUUGGGAUCGCGUGACUUGGCAUGCAGGUUGCCUAUGGUUGAGUACAUCGCUGAGAAAAUGUGUGCGUUGUGUUACGAACGCGCAUGGUACGCUAAACUCGGCGGAUGUCAUGCAAUUGGAUUCUUGAUAGGUAAAUGUGCAUUGCGAUGGGUGUACGCACACAUGUUCACAUUCCUCAAGGCUUUACUAUUCGUCAUGAUGGAUUUAACCGGGGAGGUAUCCAGCGGUGCGUUGGAUCAAGCGAAGAAUAAUCUAGAAAAAAUGAUUACUGUCCUCGUAGCGCCUGUGAAAAACGACGGUGAUGAGGUUUAUCAAUCCAAAGCUCUGUGUAAAGUCACUCAUGAGUUGGUGAGGCAAGUUACAAGUCCGCAUACAAUGGUACGUAAUCAAUCCAUGGCUAGUUUGAGACUCCUUGCGGAAAAACAAGGUAAAACCGUCACGGCUGUCAUGGAACCCUUUAGGGAUGUCUUGGCUGAUAUGGUCCCACCGACGAAGCAUUUGUUGAAACACCAACCCGCGAUUGCACAGAUGGGUUUGAUGGAUGGUAAUAUGUUUUGUACGACUUUGACCCCGCGGUUGUUUACCAUUGAUAUGGGUACAAAAGAACACAAGCAGUUUAUCAAUGAUUUGAUCUCGUUGUGUGAGACUGAGGAUAAUCGCCUGGUGAAUUUGUUUUGUUAUAAAACCAUUUCGAAUUUCACGCCGUUGAGGACCAGUGCACUGAGGGUGUUGGCUGCGUGUCAUUAUUUGGAGGAUAAGACACGUAAGGAUAUUUUUAAGGUGUUGUAUAAUACGCUGGAGAAACCGAAUCCGGAGCUGCAGCAGGUGGCGUUUGAUUGUAUGAAGACGUUCAUUGCGGGGUAUCAGGUGAAGAUGGAUAUGGUGCAUGAGACGAUGCGGCCGCUGAUGAAGACGCUGCAGGAUGUGAAGAAUGUCAGCUUGAAUAAUGUGAAGAUGUUGUCGUAUCUCACGCAGCUGUUUCCGAACAUUUUCAAUGAUAUGUUGUGUAAUAAGUUGAUUACGCUGCUGGGGGAGAUUCAGAAGGUUGUUCAGCUGCAAGUUAAAAACGUAACAAAAAAAUCCGAAGAAGAACAAAAGAUCGUCACAAUCCUCACAUUUUUCCACCAAUCUCAAACCGCCUCAGCCGUAUACAUCGAAUCCCUAUGCCACAUGAUCCUCCAAACCGAAGCCAUCCUCCUAAUCGAAGCCAGUUCACCAUUCCGCGAACCUUUGAUGAAAUUCCUCCUACGUUUCUCCGUGGAAACACUAAACAUCUUUACGGAUGACGUGCACAUUCGCGACCAGCAAUAUUCACGCUUUCUAGAGUACAUGCUAAAACACCCUGAUGGCAGACCAUUCAGACAACACAUCCAAGAGAAUAUGGUGGAGAGAUUGAUUACAUUGGCGUUGGCAAACACCUCGCCAACGCCACAUAUGACACAAUUAAGUGCAAGCGAUCGCAAUGAAAUGCAAUAUCAAGCCAUACGAAUAAUUUAUUUAUUGAUACGCAAAGAUGAGCAGUGGUUGAGCACGCGGCAGGAUUUAGUAGAAGCGUUGAAGAUGAUUUGGUGUAAUGACGCGUAUCAAAUCCGGCAUAAAACGGUGGAUACGUUGGAGUACACGCAUUGGAGAGAGCCGAAGAUGUUGGUGAAGAUAUUGCUGCAUUACUUCUGCCAUCAUCCGACGAAUAUUGAUUUGUUGUUUCAAUUGUUACGUGCGUUGUGUGAUAGAUUCAUACCGGAGUUUCAGUUUUUGAAGGAGUUUUUGGAGAAUACCGUGGCGCAGAAUUAUAAAGUGGAAUGGAAGCGACAGGCGUUUUUCCUGUUUGUUGAGCAGUUUAAUUCGCCGGCGAUGUCGCAGGAGUUGAAGGCGAAGGUGCUGCAGUUGGUGAUUAUUCCGUGCUUUGCGGUCAGUUUCGAGCGGGGGGAGACGAAUAAGUUGAUUGGGACCAUGCCGGCGCCGUAUCAGGAUAACCCGGAGAAUAUUGUCUCGGUGUUUAUUAAUAAGCUAAUAGACCCCGAAACAGCCUCACCAUUCGCCGACUGCGUCCGCAUCUCCCUCCUCCAAUGCUCCUGCCUCCUCGUCGAACAAGCCUCCCCACACAUCCACGACCGCAUCAUCAACAAAGCGCAAAGCUUCAAACUGCGCCGCCUCAUGACCUUCGCAUGGCCAUGCCUCCUCGUCAAAAACUGCGUGGACGCCGCCACACGCUACCACGGCCACCUCCUCCUCAGCCACAUCAUCGACAAAUUCGCCAUCCACCGCAAAAUCGUCCUGCAAGUAUUCCACAGCCUCCUGAAAGCCUACGGCCUCGAAGCGCGCAAUGUCGUGCGUCAAGCACUCGAAAUCCUCACACCAUCCGUCCCCUUGAAACUCGAAGAAGGCCACAAGAUGCUCACCCACUGGACAAAGAAGAUCAUCGUCGAUGAAGGCCACUCCAUGCAACAACUCUUCCACAUCCUACAACUCGUUGUGAAACACUACAUGGUAUACUACCCUGUGCGCCACCAUCUUGUCCAGUACAUGGUCAGUUCCAUUCAGAGGUUAGGUUUUAACCUCACAGGAACAUUCGAACACCGCAAACUCGCUGUAGAAUUAUCCGAAGUGAUCAUCAAGUGGGAAUUGCAUGGGAUACGUGAAGAAGUCGACACUGAAAUGGACACAGACAGAAAAAGAAGCCUAAAUGAUCCGAGUGAUACAGACCCAAAUAAAAAACUGGCGUUUGGUGAAGGGGCGACAGCUACAGUCAUCAAAAUGGAACCGAAUGCAUCUAAGCCCAUUGAACGUGUACAAACCGACACAGUAUUGAACUUUCUUUUGAGGUUAGCUUGUCAAGUGAAUGACCAAUCCACACCGACGCCUGCACUGCCCCCUGGGAGCACACCAGCGGAGAUUUUAAGUCGGAGAUGUGUCACUUUAUUAAAGAUGGCGCUGAAGCCGGAAGUAUGGCCGCAGCAGAUUGAAUUAAAACUUGGUUUCUUUGAUAAAAUUCUACUGGGUGUUGAUCAGCCGAAUGCUAAUAUAGCGUCGAUAUGCACCGCAUUGGAAUUGUUGACGUUUUUGUUGACUGUAAUGAAAAAAGAUCAGAUUUUGUUUAAUUUCAAGCCGUUGCAGAGGGGUAUAGGCGCAUGCGUCAGUUCGAAUAAUAAUAAAAUUAUUCGAUUGGUGCAUUCAUUGUUGCAUAAGUUAAUGGAGUUGUUCCCGACCGAGCGUACGAAUUCCAAUAUGAGUUGUCGACAUGAAGAGUUGGAGAUUUUAUAUUCGACUGUUUCUAAGGUUAUAAGUGAUGGUUUGAGUAAUUAUGAUAAGAAUAGUCAGGCGACUACGAGUAGUCUCUACGGCACGAUUAUGAUCCUCAAAGCUGCUUGCAUGAACAAUUAUAGUUAUAUUGACUUGUUGAUUACGUCUUUCAUGAAAGUUUUGUUGAGGAUCGCUAAGGAACAUCUACAACCGACAAAUAAUGACACAUUAAUGAUAACAAGUGAAUUACUCAUCUUGUCUUUGGAUUUGGUGAAGACGCGUGUUGUGGUUAUGUCAAUGGACAUGCGCAAAACAUUCAUCGGGUCUAUAUUGGUGAAUCUGAUAGAAAAAACCACAGAUAUGAAGGUUAUGAAAGCAAUUAUCAAGAUGUUAGAAGAAUGGAUUAAAAAUAAAAACGUGGUUACCCUUUCCCAAGCUCCUAACCUUCGUGAGAAGUCAAUUUUGUUGGUUAAGUUGAUGCAAUACGUCGAGAAACGCUUCCCGGAUGAUUUGGACCUCAACGCGCAGUUCCUGGAACUUAUUAAUUAUGUCUACAAUGAUGAGCAACUAAAACAAACCGAACUAAGCGCUAAACUCGAACCAGCGUUCCUCUCGGGUUUGCGAUGUACGCAACCACACAUACGCGCGAAAUUCUUCAAAGUGUUCGACGAUAGCAUGCAGCGCCGCCUACAUGACCGCUUGUUAUACAUAACCUCUUCACAGAAUUGGGAAGCCAUCGGGCCACACUACUGGAUCAAACAAUGUAUUGAACUUCUACUAGUUACAGCAAGCCCCGAUGUCAAAAUACAGAUGUCGCAUGAGUCGUCCAUCUUGCCAUCGAUCACAUCCGUGUUGAACCACGUAGAUGCCCGAAAACGUGAGCAAUUCUACGCGAAUAUCCAAGCAACGUCAGAGUUGCUAUUCUCACAAACAUCUAUGGAUGGUGAGGUUAAAGAAGAAGUCGUUGAUUUGAAUCAUGAUUUAAAUAAUGAUGACGCCAUGCAGACUGAGGAUAACCCGGGUAGUCGUAUGGAAUACGUCAUGGGAUUAGUCUCGAAACAUUAUGAUUUCAUCGAAAUGUCACGCAAUACCACUUCGUAUAGGUUCCUCGUCGCGGCUGCGCAGUUGUGUCACAUGGACACAUCACUCGCUGAGCAAGUAUGGUUGUCUAUGUUCCCGAAAUUCUGGAGUGUAUUAGAUGAGCAACAACGCCAAGAAAUCCAACCUUUCAUCGCUUCCGGCGCGCAUAUUAUACAAAAAGACUCACAUCCAAGCGCGAUUAAUACUUUCAUUGAGAGUUUAUCACGAUGCAAGCCGCCAUUACAAUUACCAUCACCGCUGAUCAAAUAUCUCGCGAAAAGUCAUAAUUUAUGGCAUAGAAUGGUCCUAACCUUAGAGCAAAUGGCGUCGGACCCCAGCAUGAAACUUCCUGCGAAUCUAUAUGAUUUCGAAAUGGAGGUUAACCCAAAACGUGAAAUAUUAGAUAAUUUAGGUGAAUUAUAUUCACUGUUAUGUGAAGAGGAUAUGUGGGCUGGUUUAUGGCAACAACACGCGCAUUACAAAGAAACAAACAUCGCUAUUGCCUACGAACAACAUGGAUUCUUCGAACAAGCACAAACAGCGUUUGAAAACGCAAUGGCGCGGCACAAACAAGACAGCAUCAUGGGUCCGAUGCCCAGUGACAUACAACGCGAGGUCCUCUUGUGGAAUAACCACUGGAUCCGAUGCACAAAAGAACUCAAACAAUGGAACUUUUUAUUCGACUACGCGAAAAACGGUGUAUAUGACCCUUAUCUGAUUCUUGAAGGAACAUGGCGGACACAAAACUGGGAAACAGCCAAAGACGCCAUUUCUAAAUUAGAUCAUUCAUGUCCCAAGGAAUUACAAUGGAAAGUAACAUUAUAUAAUGGUUAUCUUUGGGUAUGCAACACAGAAGACAAGCAACAGUUGAAAAAUGCCGAGAGGUACGUAGAGAUGGCGUCACAGAUGUGUCUACAAGAAUGGCGUCGAUUACCACAUAUAGUCAGCCAUAUACAUUUACCAUACCUACAAGCAGCUCAACAAAUCAUGGAGUUACAGGAAGCCUUUCAAAUCAGGAAAGGAUUACAACAGGGGCAUCAGAACAGUCUGCAUGAUAUGAAAGCCAUUGUGAAAACAUGGCGGAACCGGUUACCUGUCAUCGCGGAUGAUCUAAGCCAUUGGAAUGACAUCUUCAACUGGCGUGAACAUCACUAUAAAUUCAUUAUAAAACAUUAUGAGAAGAUAGAUCCAAGCACACAUCAUCCGAAUUCCAUGCUUGGGGUGCAUGCAAGCGCGCAGAGUUUGAUACACUUUGGUAAAAUCGCCAGAAAACAUAAAUUACCAAAUGUCUGCUUGGAAUCUUUGAAUUUAAUCUAUAAUAUACCAUCGGUGCCUGUUGUGGAUUGUUUCCAGAAGAUCCGACAACAGAUUAAGUGUUAUCUACAGCAAGGGUCUAUUUCUGGUAAGAAUGAGUAUCAGGAGGGUUUGGAUACAUUAAACAAAGCGAAUGUGAAGUAUUUCACUAAAGAAAUGAACGCGGAGUUUUACGCUUUAAAAGGUUUAUUGUAUCAUUUAUCAGGAAAGUCUGAUGAAGCUAACAAAGCAUUCUCAGCUGGUCUACAACUGCAUGAUGUAUCCAUAAAAGCAUGGGGAUUGUACGGUGAUUAUUUAGAAUCUGUAUUCACACGUGAUCCUAGACAGAUUUCCUAUGGUGUGAAUGCUAUUGCUUGCUUUUUACACGCGUGUAGACAUCAGAAUGAGUCUAAAGCACGUAAACACCUCGCGAAAGUCUUGUGGUUGUUGAGUUAUGACGAUGAAGAGAAUACGUUGAUGCUGGCGUUGGAUAAAUACGCCGCUGGUGUGCCGCCAUUGUUAUGGCUGCCAUGGACACCGCAGCUACUCAACUGUCUGGUACUAUCCGAUGGCAACGCCAUCUUGAAUCUAUUCUUACUCAUAGGUAAAACAUUCCCACAAGCUGUUUACUUUCCAAUUAGGACUUUAUAUCUUACACUGAGGACUGCAACAGCAAGAAAAACAAAUGCUAAUCAAGUUGUGAGUAACCCCGAAGAUGCUAGUGAUCAAAACAGUCAGAAUCAAAACUCACAAACACAGCAAAACGUCGAGAGUACGAUUAAAGCCUCACCGCCGAUGGUGAGGUGUUCAAGAAUCAUGAAAAUGCAGCGGGAUAUACACACGACUGUGCUGAGUAGUCUGGAAGGUAUUGCUGAUCAGAUGGAGUGGUUCAGAGAGAAUUGGCAUGAGGAAGUUGUGAGACAAUUACGGCAGGGUUUAGCGAAGUGUUAUGCUAUAGCGUUUGAGAAUCGUGAGAAUGUCAACGAGGCGAAAAUCACACCGCAUAUUUUGAGUUUUGUGAAGAAAUUAGUCUCUACCUUCGGGAUUGGUGUGGAAAACAUUGGGAAUUCCACGAAUGCAGGGUCUAAUAGUACAGCUUCUGAGAGUUUAGCACGCAGAGCGCAAGCAACUUACCAGGAUCCUGUUUUUAAGGAAAUGAAGUUAGAGUUUACAAAAGAUUUCGAUUUUAAUCAGUCUAGUGCGCUGCGCCUGCGUACUUUGAUUUUUAAAUUGAAGAAAUGGAUAAAAAUCUUGGAAAAUCGAUCGAAGAUGUUUAAUCAAUCGUUUUUAAUCGAAGAAAAAUGUCGGUUCCUAUCGAAUUUCACGCUGAAAACAGCCGAAGUGGAACUUCCUGGAGAGUUUCUCUUACCAAAACACACACAUUACUACGUUCGUAUAACUCGUUUCAUGCCCCGAGUGGAUAUCGUGCAGAAACACAACACAGCCGCGCGUAGAUUAUACAUCCGCGGCCAUAAUGGUAAAAUCUACCCGUAUUUAGUCGUGAAUGACUCGGGAUUGGUCGAUGCGCGACGCGUCGAGCGUGUGUUGCAACUUCUACGCAUGCUCAAUCAUUACUUGGGCAAACAAAAAGAAACAUCACGACGUUUCCUACAUUAUACAGUCCCUAAAGUAGUUGUAGUCUCACAACAAAUAAGAUUAGUAGAAGAUAACGUUGCUUCUGUGUCUUUACUGGAUAUUUACAAAAAAGGAUGCGCGAAGAUUUUGAAUAUCGAGCAUGACGCACCGAUUAAUAUGUAUUACGAACGCCUGGCGAUUGUACAAUCACGCGGAAUCAAAGCUUCACAUCAAGUAUAUCGAGAUAUAUUGAAAACUAUACAAACCAAUAUGGUGCCGAAGAGUUUAUUCAAACAAUGGGCGGUUGGUACGUUCCCCUCAGCGACUGAUUACUGGCAGUUUCGAAAGAUGUUCACACUGCAGUUGGCGUUGGCUUGUUUCGCUGAAUACGUACUGCAUUUAACACGUUUGAAUCCGGAUAUGAUGUAUUUGCAUCAGGAUUCCGGGUUGAUGAAUGUUUCUUACUUUAAAUUCGAUGUGGAUGAUAGCACAGGGGAGUUGGACACGACGCGUCCGGUCCCGUUCCGAUUAACGCCGAAUAUCUACGAGUAUGUGAGUACGAUUGGUGUGAAUGGUCCGUUGACAGCUGCGAUGAUUGCGGCUGCGCGGUGUUUUGCCUAUCCGAACUUCAAGGUGACGGCCAUCUUGAAGCCUAUUCUGAAGGAUGAGAUGGUGUUGUCGAGGAUUAAGAAGCCCGAGGAUGGCGAUGGGUCUGCGAAGGAUGAUAAGCUGACGGAUAAUGAGCAGUUGAUUAAUAUGGUGAAUAAGGCGGUGGCGGCCAUUUCGGGGCGGUUGACGAGUCUGGCGCAUUUUGAUGGUAUUGACAGCAAGGUGAGUCAGUUGGUGGCUGCAGCGAAUAAUCAUGAUAAUCUGUGUCGAAUGGACCCGGCGUGGCAUCCGUGGUUGUAAUUUAGUUUAUUUUUUAAUAUUUUGAUGUCGUUUGAUGCGUUUAUGGUAGUUUUUGUAUUGAUUUGAGUUCAAUGGAUACUUACUUAAUAAUACGAUUUAUGCAUAGUGUAAUGCUUUUUAUUGAUUUAUUCAUAAAAAAAUUAAGCAAAUAAAUUAGAUUUUUGUAUGAAAA